UCUCUUAGUAUAUUUGUUCCGCAUUCACAGUCUUUCUUCUCCUGUCUACUCCAUCUCGAGUCAACCCAAGUCAAGCCCUCUCUCCGUUUAACCGCCGACAUGGCCUCCGGUGACUCCAACUCCGAGGAUCAUCAAGAUUUUGAUGUGAAAGACCCCACACUCAUUGCCAGAGAGUAUCAGACAAAACUGUGUCAGAAAGCUUUGAGUGAAAACACAAUAGCCUAUUUGGGAACUGGUUGUGGGAAGACUCACAUUGCUGUUCUAUUAAUUCAUGAGAUGCGACACUUGAUAAAGAAACCCCAGAAUAACAUAUGUGUCUUUCUAGCUCCUUCAGUUGCUCUGGUUGAGCAGCAAGCCAAAGUCAUCAAGGACUCAAUUGAUGUUAAAGUUGGCAUCUACUGUGGGAGUUCUAAGCAUUUGAAGCGUCAUACCUAUUGGGAGAAAGAAUUAGCACAACAUGAGGUUCUUGUCAUGACCCCUCCAGUACUUCUCCAGAAUUUAUCGCAUUGCUUCAUCAGGAUUGAAUUGAUUGCGCUUCUAAUUUUUGAUGAGUGCCAUCAUGCGCAACCUGAGAGCAAUCAUCCUUAUGCUGAAAUCAUGAAGGUAUUUUACAAUACCAGUGCAACAAAGCUUCCUCGUGUAUUUGGUAUGACCGCAUCUCCAAUAUUGGGAAAAGGUGCUUCUAUCCGUGGCCUCGAGUCUUUACUACAUGCUAAGGUUUAUUCUGUUGAAGACAAGGAAGAACUCGAACGGUUUGUGACACCUCCCAAAGUUAGUGUAUAUUAUUAUGAUACAGCAGCAGAUGGACCAUCUUCCCCUCUAGUUUAUUCUAGUAAACUGCAAGCGAUAAAAUCCCAGUGUGUAUCAACACUGGUAGAGAAUAUCAGCGACAUGGAUAGCCUAAUAAGCUCCAAAAAGAUGCUCCAGAAACUGCACACUAAUCUGUGUUUGUGUGUAGAGAAACUUGGUGUUUGGGGAGCAUGUCAGGCUGCUCAGAUACUCUCAAAGGGUGACUGCCUUGUGCAAAAUGAACUAAUGGAGAUGGAAGUGCAGAAUUCGCAUGUCUCUAUAUGCAACAGCUAUCUUUCUCAAGCUGCCAUGAUAUUUUUGUCGGAUUGCAAAAAAGAUCGAACCAAGGAGAAGUUAAAUUCACCAGAAGUCCUAGAGGAGCCCUUUUUCUCCAAAAAGCUCUUGCAACUUAUUAACAUCCUUACCAAUUUCAGGUCCCAGCAAAACAUGAAAUGUAUAAUUUUUGUCGAUAGAAUUGUAACUGCCAUAUCUUUGUCGUCUAUACUUCAAAGCCUUCAAUUUCUAUCAGCUUGGAAAUCUGAUUUUUUGGUCGGAGUCAACUCUGGACUAAAGCGUGUGUCACGAAAAUCUACUAACGCUUUGCUUGCUAAAUUUCAAUCCGGUGAGAUAAAUCUAUUGGUUGCAACUAAAGUUGGGGAGGAAGGUCUUGAUAUUCAAACGUGCUGCCUUGUAGUAAGGUUUGAUCUUCCGGAAACUGUAGCCAGUUUCAUACAAUCUAGAGGACGUGCUCGCAUGCCUCAGUCAGAAUAUGCAUUUCUGGUAGACAGUGGCAAUGAGAAGGAGCAAAAUCUUAUUGACAGUUUUACUGAAGCUGAGGAUAAAAUGAAUGAAGAAAUUGAAUUCAGAACAUCUACUGCCACUUUUUGUGAUAUUGAGGAGAAAACUUAUAGAGUAGAAUUGACGGGAGCCACAAUCAGUUCUGGAAGUAGCAUUUCAUUGCUUUACCGCUAUUGUUCGAAACUUCCACAUGAUGAAUUUUUUAAGCCCAAGCUGGAGUUCUCAUACUUCGAUGAGGCAGAUGGAACAGUCUGCCAGAUAAUUUUUCCCUCCAAUGCUCCAAUUUAUCAACUGUCAAGUGCUCCUCAAUCUUCUAAGGAUGCAGCAAAGAGAGAUGCGUGCUUGGAAGCAUGUAAGCAAUUACAUCAAUUGGGUGCUCUAACCCACUAUCUCUUGCCCGAACGAGAUGAUGAAAAUGAGGACCUGGAAUCUUCAUCAGAUUCAGAUUGCUCUGAUGACGAGGAUACGAGAAGAGAAUUGCAUGAAAUGCUUGUUCCUGCUGUCCUCAAAGAGCCGUGGAGUGAGGCCGAGGAUUCUGUCCACCUCAGGUCCUACUUUGUGAAGUUUAGACCCCAUCCACCAGAUAGGGAUUAUAGACCAUUUGGUCUCUUUGUAAAAGCAUCUCUUCCUGGAGAUGCUGAAAGAAUGAAACUAGACCUUCAUUUGGCACGUGGUAGAUCUGUAGCAACAGAGCUUGUACCAUUUAGAACUCUGCUAUUUAGUAGAGAUCAGCUAGCUUUGGCCGAGAAGUUUCAGGAAAUGUUCCUCAAGGUCAUCAUUGACAGAUCACAGUUCUGUUCUGAAUUUGUUCCCUUGGGAAGAAUUAAUUCUGAUAUAUUGGCUCCUAGAACAUAUUACCUCAUGCUUCCUGUAAUCUGCUAUGAAUUUGAGGAAGCAAUGGUUGUGGACUGGAACCUUGUCAUGAAAUGUUUAUCGUCGCCGAUAUUUAACAUGCCAGAAGUUGCUAAGGCUAAUGAGCUUCCUCAACCCAGCGAGAAAUUACAUCUCGCUAAUGGUCCUAAAAGUGUCAAUGAUGUUGUGAAUAGCUUGAUUUAUGUACCAAGCAAGAAAUUGUUCUAUUUUGUUUCUGAUGUUUUGUCAGAGAAGAAUGCAUACAGUGACUAUAAAGCAUCAAAAAGUCACGUUCACCACUUCUCUGAGAGGUUUGGCGUUCAUCUUUUACAUCCUAAACAAGCUCUUUUAAAAGCAAAGCAGCUCUUUAGUCUGGAGAACUUACUACGAAAGAAAGGAAAUUUGGCAUCUCAUGCAGAACCACGAGAAAAAGAGGAGCACUUUGUUGAAUUACCUCCUGAAAUUUGUGAAUUAAAGAUAAUUGGGUUUUCGAAAGAUGUUGGAAGUUCAUUAUCUUUGUUACCAUCAGUCAUGCAUCGUCUGGAAAGCUUGCUUGUUGCUGUUGAACUAAAACAUUUACUUUCUGUCUCAUUUCCUGAGGGAGCUGAAGUAUCUGCUUCUCGUGUCCUUGAAGCACUUACUACUGAGAAAUGCAAUGAACACUUCUCUCUUGAAAGGCUCGAAGUUCUUGGUGAUGCAUUCCUCAAAUAUGCAGUUGGCAGGCGUCUUUUUGUCUUGCAUGAUGCCCUAGAUGAGGGACAGCUUACAAGAAAACGUUCAAGUGUCGUCAAUAACUCCAAUUUACUGAAGCUAGCGAUAGCAAACAGAUUACAGGUAUACAUACGCGACCAAUCAUUUGACCCAUGCCAAUUUUUCGCAUUGGGUCGGCCUUGUUCAGUUGUUUGUAAAUCUGAAACGGAAAAGACUAUCCAUUCAUCACAAUGUAGUAGGGCUGCAAAUCUCCAUAUGGAAUUAAGAUGCACUAAAUCUCAUCACUGGUUGCAUAAGAAAACCAUAGCCGAUGUUGUGGAAUCUCUUGUCGGUGCAUUUAUAGUCGACAGUGGCUUCAAAGGUGCAGCUGCUUUUCUUAAUUGGAUGGGUAUACAAGUGGAAUUUGAAGGUUCGAAGGUUAGCCAUAUCUGUUCAGCAAGUUCAAUCUAUUUACCACUUGCUGCUCAAAUAGAUAUAGCUGCUCUUGAAGAUUCUAUCGGGUAUCAAUUUAACAAUAAAGGUUUGCUUGUGCAAGCUUUUGUCCAUCCAUCAUAUACCUAUCAUUCCGGAGGCUGUUAUCAGAGACUGGAGUUUCUAGGAGAUGCUGUGCUGGAUUAUCUAAUCACUUCCUAUCUCUAUUCAGUCUAUCCAAACCUGAAGCCUGGCCAGCUGACCGAUUUGAGAUCCACAUGUGUCAACAAUAUUAGCUUUGCUAACAUUGCAAUACGUCGGUCAUUCUAUAAAUAUAUUAUUUCCGAGUCUAGUGGCCUCUGCAAAUCCAUGGAGAAAUAUGUCAUGUUUUCUAGAACCCAUCAGCUUACUGGAAAUUUAGUUGAAGCGCCCCCAUGCCCCAAAGCUCUUGGUGACAUAGUGGAGUCAUGUAUCGGUGCCAUUCUUCUGGACACGGGAUUCAAUUUAAACCAUGUUUGGAAAACAAUGCUCUCCUUUCUCGAUCCGGUCAUUCACUUUUCCGGAUUACAGCUUAAUCCCAUUCGAGAACUUCAAGAACUAAGUCAAUCGUACAAUAUGGAAUUGAAAUUUGCAUCUUCAAAGAAGGAUAAUACUUAUACUGUUGAAAUAAAGGUGAAUGGGAAAGAUGUUUGUGAACAUUCUAGUGCUAGCAACUUCAGCAAAAAAGCUGCCAAGAGAAGGGCUGCAAAGCAAUUAAUUCUGAUUUUGAAGGAGCAUGGUUACAAAUCAAAGAGUAAAUCGUUAGAGGAGGUUUUGAAGUUGACCCACAAGAUGGAAGCAAAAUUAAUUGGUUACAAUGAAGCACCAACAGAUGUUAAUGAUCCAUAUGCCACAAUUGCUUACAAUGAAAAAACACCAACAGAUGUUAGCGCUCCAUUUGCCACAAUUGCUUACAAUGAAAAAACACCAACAGACGUUAGCGCUCCAUUUGCCACAAUUGGUUACAAUGAAAAAACACCAACAGAUGUUAGCGCUCCAUUUGCCACAAUUGGUAACAAUGAAACGCCAACAAAUGUUAGCACUCCAUAUGCCAGAGGAUUUGAUAUCUUGAAGGUGCAGGAUUCCUGUACAAGUGGUUCUUCAUCAUCCAAAGUAAAUCCACUCGGUGUACAACUGCAUAGAUCUGGAGGCAUCAAGAUUAACCCAAUUAUGCAAAAAUCAUCUCUCUGUGACACUCGUGAAUAUCAGACAACAGACAAAAAAGAUAGUGAUAACUGCUCUAGCGAUUCUCAGAAUCCAGGUCGUUCAGUGAAGAAGUCAGCAAAGUCACUUUUGUUUGAAAUUUGUGCGGCCAACGGUUGGAAACCACCUAUAUUUGUAUGCUGCAAGGAGACAGGGGCAGAUCACUUGAAAGAGUUUACUUUUACGGUGAUCGUGAAGCCUGAUAGUUUGGAAAAAUGUUUCAUUGAAGCAAUCGGAAAACCAGCCGGUAAAAAGAAAGAAGCUGCAGAGCAUGCAGCUGAAGGGGCUGUUUGGCUGUUGCGAGAACGUUAUGGAGUUUCAAAAGCCAAGCCGGGGUUGUCUUACUUUGCUGAUGCGGAAGGAACUGUUUGCCAAAAAGUUCUUCCUUCCGACCCUCCAAUUAGUCAAGUGUUGUGUGACACUCAAUCUUCUCAGGAAGCAUGUAAGCAAUUGCCUGAACAAGAUGAUGCAACUGAGGACCUGAAAACCUCAACAGAUUCUAAUUGCCUUAAUGAUGAUAAUACCAGAAGAGAACUCGAUAAAAUUCUUGUCCCCACUGUACUUAAAGAGCAAUGGAGUAAUUCAGAGGAAGUGUCAUCUUUUCGUGACGCUCGUGAAUGCCAGCUGAUAGGAAAAAAAGAUGACAGCUGCUGUAGUGGUUCUGUGACUCCAGGUCAUUCAAUGAAGAAGUCAGCAACGUCAAUUUUGUUUGAAUUCUGUGCUGCAAAUCGUUGGAAACCGCCUCUAUUUGUAUGCUGCAAGGAGACGGGGGCCAGUCACUUGAAAGAGUUCACAUAUAAGGUAAUUGUGAAGCCUGAUGGUUUGGAAAAAUGUUUGAUUGAAGCAAUCGGAAAACCAGCUGGUAAGAAGAAAGAAGCUGCGACGCAUGCAGCUGAAGGGGCUGUUUGGUUGUUGCGAGAACAUUUUGGAGUUUGUAUGCCCAAUCUAGAGUUAUCAUCCAAAGUGCAUCCACUUGGUGGAGAACCGUAUAGAUCUGAAGGCAGCAAGAUCAAACAGACCGGGCAAAUGUCGUCUUUUCAUGAGACUCGCGAAUGCCAGCAAAUAGUAAAACAAGUCGAUGAUUGCCGCUCUAGUGAUUCUCAGACUGCAGGUUGUUCAAUGAAGAAGUCAUCAAAAUCACAAUUGUUUGAAAUCUGUGCUGCAAAUCGUUGGAAACCACCUAUUUUUGUAUGCUGCAAGGAGACGGGGGCCAGUCACUUGAAAGAGUUCACAUAUAAGGUGAUCGUGAAACCUGACAGUGUGGAAAAAUGUAUCAUUGAAGCAAUCGGAAGACCAGCAGGUAAAAAGAAAGAAGCUGCGGAGAAUGCAGCUAAAGGGGCUGUUUGGCUCUUGAAAGAUCAUCUUUUGUAGGUUGAAAUCCAUAAACAUGCACUCUUAGAUUGUCCAGUGAAAGUUGGUUUACUUGAUAAGUGAAUGCAGCUGUUUUAAACCUUCAUCCAUUUUGUUAGAAAUUUCUUGAGUAGUAAAAUAGUAAUGUUAUGUGUGUCAGUAGCGGACCCAGGAUUAUACACGUUCGAUAUUUAUUUUUUUCGACCAAAAUAUCAAUUUUAGUACCUGAUUGUGCCGAAGACAAUAGGCUGUAACAUCGAUUUCGUGGUUAUAGUGCAUGAUCACUGUCAGACUAUUUUUAUUAUUAUUUGAUAUAUUAGUUAAGAUUUGUUUA